CAAUCAUCAACGUUUCAGCUCUAUAUAAAGCCUCUGUCUGAGAGAGACAUUAAUUUAAAGCUUUCGAAGAGGAAGCAUAUCGGCGGAUCGUUCAUCUCUCUCCAACAGAUCCGUCUCAUUUGACCUGAUUGUUCCACAGGAUGCCUCAGAGGAACCUCCUGUCGUCCUCCACAGCAGCCCUGCUCUUCCUCCUGCCCUGGUUUGGUGGUCUGACUGUCGGAGAGGUCAGCAACAACUUCCAUGAGUGCCUUGACUUCUUCUAUAAAAGAACUCCUCCAAGGGGUCUUGAGAGAGCAGAGUACCAGCCAAUAUGCCAGCGCUACAAGAACAAAUAUCACUUUGCCAGCCUGUAUCGCCGUCAGCAUCGGGCUCCUUUGUUCUCCGCCUACAAACUGAGUCCUGCAGACGGGAGGCGACCUAAAAACAUUUGGAUGUAUGAACCACAGUUGACGUUUUCCGGUGCCAGUCCUGAAAUGAGACGUUUUAAUAAAAUCGUUGACCAGAACGUGGUUGAAAGCCAAGCGGACCUCCAAGACUACAGGAACUCCAACUUCUCCAAAGGACACCUCUGUCCCAGUUUGCACCAGGGGACGAUGGAAGACAGAAAAUCCACCUUUACUCUGACAAACAUAGUGCCUCAGCAGAUCGGCUCCAACUCUGGCCCAUGGAGCACACUGGAGAACGAGGUGUUGGAGAGGUACAAGAACUUCUGCAUCGGGGAAAUGUACGUAAUCACUGGUGCCAUGCCUUACGAAUCAGAGACACGCUGGAUCAACAACAGAGUGUCUGUUCCUGAGUACAUGUGGUCUGCUUACUGCUGCCCCAAAUUCAAAGCGAACCUCCCCACGGGGAUGAAGCAGCUCUUUCCUACAUAUGCUGCAGUGGGAAGAAAUGAUCCCAGCAGCGGACAGGAGAUUGUGCCUGUUAACAAUACAGUGAAGCCUUCUAUACGAGGCUAUGAUGUGAGGCAGAUGACCUUGCAGACUUUGGAGGGCAUCCUGUCUCAGAGGCUGGAUGUGUUUGUCACCCUGUUUGAUGAGAAAUGUCAAAACCCUUAUAUAAAAUCCUUUAUAUGA